AUGACUACUACUAGCAAUAAGUUUAGCAAACAAUCAUCUAUGAGUUUUCUCCAAGUCAUUGUCGACACUUCUCCUUCUGCUGUUCUUUAUGAUGAAAAUCCAGUGCUACCAACUGUUGAUUUACAAACUCUGUCAAAGAUUUUAAGCAUCAGACAAAAAAGCUUCACCCAAAUUGAACAUAUUACUAGAAGACAAGCUAAACUUGAAUAUCUUAUUACUGAACAAUGA